AUGCAUGUCUACAACUUUGAGAGUUUAUGCAACUAUUAUGGUCUUGGUGACAAUCCAAAGAAGAUCCAACUAUUCCAAUUAUCUCUUCCUGGAAGAGCACAAGAGUGGGUUAGAUUAUUUGCCCAAGUUGAUUUCAAGACAUGGAAUAGAUACAAGGAAGCUUUCCUCAUUAGAUUUGCUAGAGGUCCACUCUAUGUUCCACCACCGAAGCUAAACCAUCGACCCUACCAUUACCAUCAACCUCCUCCACACAUAGAGCAGCUACCUAAAGCUACUGAAGAACUUCCACAAGAAGGCUUCACACGCUAUGUUAGUGAAGAAAAAGAAGAAGAAGAACAAGAGUAUGAGGAAGACUAUGAAGAUGAGGAAGAUGAAGAACAGAGUAUUGACAUUAAUACUUAUCCUAAGAAGAGAAAGAAAAGCCCUAUCUCAGUUGACCCUCAAUUCUCACCACCACCACCAAGCCAAACAUCAACACUUCCAAGACUAUAA